AUGGCUGGAUCGGAAGGAGCCAAGGGUGAUGCUGCGUCAACAUCGAAAGUUUUAAUUGCUGGGAAAGAUCCAAAAUGGUGGGACAUCUCGACAUUUUCGAAAGAAGAUAACCCAAAUGGACUAGUUUGUGAAUCUUCAUUUGCCAUUCUUUUCCCAAAGUAUCGCGAGAAAUAUAUCAGAGAAUGUUGGCCACUGAUACAAAAAGUAUUCGAAGAACAUUUUUUGAAGGCUGAUCUGGAUGUACUAGAAGGAACAGUGGUCGUUAAGACGACUAGGAAAACAUGGGACCCAUAUAUUAUAAUAAAAGCUCGUGAUGUCUUGAAGUUGAUUUCAAGGAGUGUACCGUAUGAACAAGCAGUACGAGUCCUUCAAGAUGACACUGCAAGUGAAAUUAUUAAAAUCAGUUCGAUGGUAGCAAAUAAGGAGCGAUUUGUUAAACGUCGUGCAAGACUGAUCGGUAAUGAAGGAGCAACACUGAAAGCAAUUGAACUGCUUACGAAAUGCUAUAUUAUGGUUCAAGGUAGUACAGUGGCAGCUGUUGGCCCAUAUGAAGGAUUGAAACAUGUUAGAAUGAUAGUGGAGGAUUGUAUGAAUAAUAUACAUCCUAUCUAUAACAUCAAAACAUUGAUGAUUAAACGUGAAUUAAUGAAAGAUGAAAAUUUGAAGAAUGAAAAUUGGGAUCGCUUUUUACCGAAAUUCAAAAAGAAGGUACAACCUUCUCAAUCAACAAAUCAAGCAAAGAAAAAAAAAGCUGCGCGGUGGAAGAAAAAAGCUGAAUACACCCCAUUUCCUCCUCCACCUGUUAUGAGCAAAAUUGAUAAGCAGCUUGAAAGUGGAGAAUAUUUCUUAAGUGAGAAGACAAGGCAAAUGGAAAAGCGUAACGAGAAACGCACAAAACAGAUGGAAAAGACAGCUGAACGUAAGAAGCAGCGCGCAUCAGAAUAUAUGCCUCCAGAUGGGAAAACAAGACCUAAGAAUAGCUAUAAACGAGCUAAUGAAGUUCCUAUUGAUAUUGAAAAUUUGAAGAAAAAAGUUAGAAAGGCAAAAGAAUAA